AUGCGCACAUGUACUGAUUAUGUAAUUAUUCCCACAUGUACAGCUGAUAUCAUGUGCACAUGUACUGAUUAUGUAAUUAUUCCCACAUGUACAGGUGAUAUCAUGCGCACAUGUACUGAUUAUGUAAUUAUUCCCACAUGUACAGGUGAUAUCAUGCGCAAAUGUACUGACUAUGUCAUUAUUCCUAUAUGUACAGGUGAUAUAAUGCGCACAUGUACUGAUUAUGUCAUCAUUUCCAUAUGUACAGGUGAUAUCAUGCGCACAUGUAAUGAUUAUAUCAUUAUACCCAUAUGUACAGGUGAUAUCAUGCGCAAAUGUACUGACUAUGUCAUUAUUCCUAUAUGUACAGGUGAUAUCAUGAGCACAUGUACUGAUAAUGUCAUUAUUCCUAUAUGUACAGGUGAUAUCAUGAGCACAUGUACUGAUAAUGUCAUUAUUCCUAUAUGUACAGGUGAUAUCAUGCUCACAUGUACUGAUAAUGUCAUUAUUCCUAUAUGUACAGGUGAUAUCAUGUGCACAUGUACUGACUAUGUCAUUAUUCCCAUAUGUACAGGUGAUAUCAUACGCACAUGUACUGAUUAUCUCAUUAUUCCUAUAUGUACAGGUGAUAUCAUGCGCACAUGUACUGAUUAUCUCAUUAUUCCUAUAUGUACAGGUGAUAUCAUGCUCACAUGUACUGAUUAUAUCAUUAUUCCCACAUGUACAGGUGAUAUCAUGCACACAUGUACUGAUUAUAUCAUUAUUCCCAUAUGUACAGGCCUGUGUCUGUUCACCAUGCUGUGGGGGGAGGGGGGUACGGCCAGGUUCAGGGAGGAGGUUGGGGUGUGUGGCUCACAUGUUAGCUUUUCUCUUCCAGAGCAUAGCCCAUCUGAACGACGGCCAGGGCCUCAACCUGGCCCAUCUUUGAGGGAGGAUGUCUUCGACGGCCUUGAGGAGGAUUUCUCUGGCUUGCACGGCUCCUGGACGGAUUCUAUUCGUUUGGAGCCUGAUGACGGUCCACAGCAGGAUGUGCGGCCUGUUGGGCAUAAGGAGGAUCAACCACGGCAGUUGGCACAACAGGGACGGCCAGCUGUCACUUCUACUGGAGGUGGUCGAGAGAUUACGGGGCAACGCAGCAGCGGGCUCCAGGCAACUUUCAGCGGUCCUUCAGGCAUCAGGACUACGGAGAGCACUUCAGCAGGUGAGAAAGGGUUGUUGAAUGUGGGGGGGAGUGAUGUUACAUUGUGUGGUGUUAGGAGUGUGGAUUGUGACUCAGUGACAGGGAGUGUAGUGGAGGGAUUGAAAGUGUUGUUAGCUAAAUUGGAAGGAGUUGGCCCUGCGCAAAGGGUUGGAGUAGAGAGGGCGUGGGUCCCUGUUGACAGGUCGGCGGGUGUAUCAGUUGUGGAGAGGGUGGAGGACUGCAGUGUGGCGGUCCCUGGUGUCUCAGGGGGUGGUGGCGCGGUGGUGGCGCAGACUUCCGGGCCUAUAGUGGGGUCUUCCGGGCUGGUCUCGAGGCAGGGUGAGGGAGCUGAGUUGAGGGUGGCUGAUACAGCAAUGUCUCGGUCGUGUCUCUGCUCAAUCGGGCCGUUGGGGAUGCACUUGACCUCUGAGGUGAAGGAAAAGAUAUAUAAGAGGGAAUUUAUUGAAUUUUUCUCUCUUCUCCCGCUUGAGCAGUCUUUCGAGAUCCCGGAGGACUCUAAGAAAGACGUGGCCAAGAAAGAGGAGGAGGAGAGGAAAAAGAGAUAUCGGAAGUUGCCGAAAACAUUUUCUAACUGGUCUCAGGCAUUUUUGAUAUAUGCUAAUGUGUUUGCGAGUAAAUUUCCUGACCAGGGUGCAGCGCUUUUUUGUUAUCUUGAUGAGGUGUCUUCUGCUCAGCGGACGUAUGGGGGUAUGGCUUGGUGGUCAUACGACGAGCAGUUCAGGCAGCGCUUGUCAGUUAAGCCGGAAAUGCGGUGGGACGACCGUGACAUGGGGUUGUGGCUAAAAAUCAUGACGCCUCUAAGAUCUUCCCAGUCCUUUCGAUCAGGAGCCGGUGGCGCCUCCAUCGGGGGAUCCCCUGCCACGGUCAGAAAAGGUUGUUGCUUUGCCUAUAAUGAAAAGUUUUGCAAGUGGGGAGCUGCGUGCAAGUUUAAACACGAGUGUUCAGGGUGUGGGGGGGCACAUUCCUAUGCGAAGUGUUUCCGUAAGGGUAAACCAAGCGGGGUUGGGGACGCGUCUGACAAAGGGGGCGACCCCGGUGAGACUCGCCGCGAUGGAGCCUUGGCUCGCCCUGUACGCUAG